AUGGAGAAUCUUAACUUAGCCCUUGUUUCUUCCCCUAAACCUCUGCUUCUGGGACAUUCCUCCUCAAAAAAUGUCUUCACAAUAAGAAAGCCUUUCGCUUUUGGGACUUUUCGCGUUUCUGCUAACUCUUCAUCCUCUCAUGUCACCAGGGCUGCUUCUAAAUCUCACCAAAAUCUAAAAUCUGUGCAGGGGAAGGUCACUGUGCAUACUUUUGCUAGCAUUUCUUCUUCAAAUAGUCAGGAAACAACAUCAGAUGGAAGAACAAUAGUGGAGAGUAAGACAGCAGACCUGAGAUCUCAAAUCAGGCGAAAAGGUGACACAAACCAAGCUUCAAGUAUAAGGAAUCCAUGGCAGCAAUCAGAUCAGACACAGUCUCAUUCUAAUCAUGAAACACAACUUAAGCAAUCCCGAGACGUGGCAUUGGCAACAGCAGCAAAAGCAAAAUUACUUCUUCGUGAGCUAAAAACCGUUAAAGCGGAUUUAGCAUUUGCUAAAGCGCGCUGUGCUCAACUUGAAGAAGAAAAUAAAUUACUCAGGGAACGAGAAGGAAGCGAUAAGGGACUUAUCCGUGAUGAUGAUGAUCUGGGGAAGGUCACUGCGCAUACUUUUGCUAGCAUUUCUUCUUCGAAUGUAGGGUCGCCACUCUUUUGGAUUGGUGUUGGUGUUGGGUUUUCUGCACUAUUUUCAGUGAUAGCUUCAAGAUUAAAGAAAUAUGCAAUGCAACAAGCUUUAAACACCAUGAUGGGCCAGAUGAAUACACAAAAUAAUAAUCCAUUUGACAGUGGUGCCUUUUCCCCUGGAUCUCCCUUCCCCUUUCCCAUGCCUUCAGCUUCAGGGCCCGCUACACCUGCUGGCUUUGCUGGUAAUCAAUCUCAAGUAACUUCUGCACGAACUGCCUCUCAAUCUACUGUCACAGUAGACAUACCUUCAACCAAAGUAGAAGCAGCAGCCUCGGCCCCAGACAUUAAUGUUAAAGAAGAAGUGGAAGUAAAGAAUGAACCAAAAAAAUCCGCUUUUGUAGAUGUGUCUCCAGAAGAAACUGUGCAGAAGAAUGCUUUUGAAAGAUUUAAAGAUGUUGAUGAAUCAAGUUCAUUCAAGGAAGCCCGUGCUCUAGCUGAAGCUUCUCAAAAUGGAGCUCCUUUUAACCAAGGUUUUGGCAAUUCACCCGGUUCUCUAUCUGCACAAAAAUCAGUCUUAUCGGUGGAUGCUUUAGAGAAAAUGAUGGAGGACCCAACAGUGCAGAAGAUGGUUUAUCCCUAUUUACCUGAGGAGAUGAGGAAGCCUUCUACCUUCAAAUGGAUGCUGCAGAAUCCUGAGUACCGUCAACGACUUGAAGAAAUGCUAAACAACAUGGGUGGAGGCACUGAAUGGGACAGUCGAAUGAUGGACACCUUAAAGAAUUUCGACCUUAAUAGUCCUGCUGUUAAACAACAAUUUGAUCAAAUUGGGCUUUCUCCAGAAGAAGUCAUUUCAAAGAUUAUGACCAAUCCUGAUGUUGCCAUGGCAUUUCAAAAUCCUAGAGUUCAAGCAGCUAUCAUGGAUUGUUCACAGAAUCCAAUGAGUAUUGCUAAAUAUCAAAAUGAUAAGGAGGUCAUGGAUGUCUUCUAUAAAAUAUCUGAACUCUUCCCUGGAGUUUCAGGCCCCCCUUGA